ACGAUCAGCAGAGCACAGACGAAAGGAGAAGACGAAGGAGAAGAAGAAGAAGAAGAAGAAGAAGAAGAAGAAGAAGAAGAAGAAAGACGCUAUAUUUUGAAGAUAACUGCAAAAGAUAGGCCUAUUGGACGGAUUCUAAAAUAUUGACAGACUUGUAACUCUCUGCGAUGAUUUGGAAAGUUGCUAUUUUCUUCUGCGUGGCUAUCAUCUUCGAUGUACCUCAGAAAUCAGAGGCAGAUCAAAGUCUGUUUUUCCCAUUUGGAUUGAAUGAAGGGGAUGAAUUCCUACCCGCCAACGAUGACGGUUCCACAGAAGAGCUACCAAUUUCCGUCGCCUUUCCUUUCUUCGAUCACGACCACACCAGUCUUUUUGUCAACAAUAACGGUGUCAUCUCGUUCUUGGCGGGAGUUAGUCAAUAUACCUCCGUACCGUUUCCACUCGCUGAUGGCCGACGACUUUUGACCCCAUUCUGGGCUGAUAUCGACACGCGUAAUGGCGGGACUCUAUCCUAUCGACAGGUCUUACGAUUCGCCCAAAACGACGGCAUGUUCCUCGAAGCCGAUGGAAUUAUACGAGCAUCAUUUGUUGAAAUGAGAGACUUUAUGUCGUCAUGGAUGUACAUCGCGACCUGGGACAGAGUGGCUUUCUUCGGUGCUUCUGAUACCUCCAUCAGAAAUUCCUUUCAAGCUGUGAUGGUGACGGAUGGUCGCUAUUCCUUCGCCAUCUUUAAUUACGGUGAUAUCAACUGGACAACGGGAACUGCCAGUGGUGGUGAUAGUGGUACUGGUCUUGGUGGAACCCCCGCUCAGGUUGGAUUCAACGCUGGUGACGGAGUGACCUCUUAUAGUGUCCCUGGAUCUCAGACAGCGGUCGUCGUCGAUAUCGAAACGACAUCGAACAUCGGUGUACCCGGAAGAUGGGUGUUUAGAACGGACAACUCAAACAUUGAAGGACUAGAAUGUACCACCUCUGGUGCAAUUUCCCUGUUCCCAUUGGUCGGUUCAAUGCUUGGUGGAACUCAGGUUCUUAUCAACGGACCAUGCUUCAAUUCAACCAACCUGAUUAUCUGUGACUUCGACGGAAUCGAGACUUCUGGAAGGCUUCUGGAAGACGAGAUCGCCCUGUGCGUUUCGCCGACUUUCUAUAAAGUUGGACGGAUUCCCCUGCGCGUGUCUCUAGACGAUGGAGUCACGUUCGAUUUUACAGGAUUUUUCACAAUUAUCAGUGUCGAGGACGUUCCUGACAAUGUAUUUUCCUCGGUAACGGAAAGCCACCAAAGAGAGUCCAACUUCGAGAUCACAUGGAACACAGAUGCCCUCGAAAGCGUGGACGAGGUUGACAUCGUUGUCUACGGCUACCAAGAAGACAAUGACGUGGAGUUUAGUGGACCUCUGAUCAUAGUGGCACAAAGUAUUAACUACCAUCUCGGUCACUACAGCGUUUCAGGGUUACCUGCCAUUGAGAUCCAUUUCGACGUCGGUGUUAUUGGCGUCCUGGAAUCUGGAGGUCAAGCGGAGGAUUCUACACAUGCUGCCCUCUGGAGCAAGGUCCAUGUUCUACAGUGGCACAACGGCGAUGACGUAACAUUUUGGUGCAAUGAUUGGAUUGGAAAAGAAAUUCGGUCUGAUCUUUCCUUUCUGUCCGCCACACACCCGUGCCCAUGUACACUUGACCAGGCCCAAAUCGACAUAGGGAGGUUUAGUCCGCAUCCGCUGUGUGAUAUUGACAUUUUGUCGCCUAGCAACUGCAUCCAUAAACCUGGAGCAAUACACUGCGUACGAGCCGACUCACCGAGCUCGCUAGGAGGGGGACAAGAGUGCUGCUAUGGGUUUGAUGGAAUGAUCAUCAAUGUAUUUGAUAAUCUGGGAGGGGGCUACAGUCAUCGAUACCACCAUGGGGGCAUCGUCCCAUAUGGAGAACCUCAUAAGGUUCCGUAUCUGUCGCACUUCCUCGUCGACAUCUUGCCGUGGACAUACUGCUGUACAUACGGUGGACCACAUAAUUCUGAGUGCAAUAUCUUUGGAUUGCAACGGCCUUCUCAGACUUGCAACAACUAUGUACCGCCUCCUCCAGCAUUGGGCAAUGGCGAUCCACAUAUUUCAACUCUUGACUCGACCACGUACACCUUCAACGGUCAUGGCGAAUUUACUAUGCUGAACGCACUGAAUGGUACCUUCAUCUUACAAGCAAGAGCGGCUCCUCUCGUUGGAGUUACUAAUGCAACUGUGUUUGUUGCCAUGGCAGCACGAUAUGGUGAUAGUGACGUAAUUCAUGUUCAAACGAAUGAACGCAGGGUUCUUGAUGCGUAUGUCCGACUAGCCGAGGAUGGACAAAACUUCACAAGGAUUGACUUUGAUCAGGCUUCUCGAUGGUCAUAUUCAGGGGUCUCGGUAACUGGUCGCAACAUUACCUCAGAUGGAAUCAUUGUAGUUUUCAACGGAGGGGUAGGACUGACGUUGAAAGCAUCAGAGGGAGCCAUGAGCAUUCUUCUUGUAGCUCCAGACUCCUUCAGAGGUCAGACGCAAGGCCUGAUGGGAACGUGGAACGGUAAUACCAGCGACGAUUUCCUCACUCCUCAGGGAUCUUUGCUCUCACCUAAUUUGACUACUGAGCAGUUGCACAACCAGUUCGGUCUACUAUGGGAAAUCGAUGCAGUAGAAUCGUUGUUCUAUUACGAACCGGGCAAGGACCACGAAUCUCAUACCGACCGCACUUACACUCCUGUCUUUGAGCCUGUCGCCAACCCUUCUGUCAACCAAAGCCUAGUGGUAGAGGUGUGCGGUACGAACCCGUUCUGUAUCUUCGACUACCAGACAACGGGAUCGCAGAGUUUUGCCCAGAAUUCCGUGAAGUCCCUCGUGCAGUAUCAGCAGGCAGUCGACAACAGAGUAUCGUUCGUGAGUUGCCCAACUCUUCCCGCCCCUGCUAAUGGAAGUGCCAUCGUGACGACCUACAUGGCAGGGGGCGUGGCUAGAUUCGUGUGCGAUGCCGGCUUCGACAUGAGUCACGUGGUCAACUUAACCUGCCAAUCAGAUGGUACAUGGAGUGAUGGCGAUAUCCCGACCUGCAUCAGUGAGGCAUCUGGACAGACAAUGUCAAUGACCAUGCCCUUGUUUGAGACUUCUCCGCAGUUGAUUACAAACAGAAAGAAGGACCCUACAUCAGGGACGCCACUUGGGCCAGUUCUUUCGACGCCCGCGGUCAUCGGAAUAUCUGUGGGAUCAGUCAUUCUGAUCGUUGUGAUCGUGCUUAUCGUCAGUGUGAUCUGCGGACCAAAGAAACGUCCGCCGUCGAGCGGGAAGGUAAGCUCUUCAACAGACCAGGCUGGAGAUCAUGAAAAUCCUACUUAUGACCAUGCUGAGGCUUGGCAGUAAACUUCAAUACAACGAGUUUAUCGACGCAUGAGGAGAGAGCUGCUGUUUCGAAAUCUCUCCAAAUGUAUGCAUGAGCGAAUAACCAAAUCGAAGCUUUUUCUGGGCUCUUUUACUUUUCAUAAUGUGUAUUGUUUUUAAAUCACAGAAAUCGCUAUUACUCAGACAUAAACGGCUUAAAUAUAUAUUUUACAAAGUUUACUAUUUUCCUUUAUGUGUAGUUUCGUCCUUUUAAAUUUUGCGAUUAAAAUCAAAUGCAAUUGUCAUUUAGGAAAUAGGUAGGACGGCGCAGUAUUCAUCAACAUAUUCCCAAUGAUACCAUUAUCUAUAACCAUUACACACGCAAUAAUUUAGAAUUAUGUUGUUGCAGUAUCUUACUAUUACUCUCAAUAAACUACUUUUAUGGAAAGUGGAUUUGUUUACCUCUCUCUGUAGCUGUUAUAUUCUGGUUUUUCUCGCGCUGCUUGCAUUCAUCCUUCUGAUAUUAGUUUCAUCUCUCAUUUUCCAAUCACGAGGUGGCAGUUGUACAUCUUACAGUGGUUUCAACGGUUAUUGAAUACCACUUGGGAAAUGAAAAACAUUCAAAGGAAACAAAAAGAAUGGAUCACGUUAAUAAAGAGUUCACUGGUACAAAGAUUACUUUCGUAAUUCUUGAAUAUAGACACAAACAUUUCCUGUUGGUUGGGUUUGGUGGGUGGGUGAGAAAAGAAACAAAGAGGCAAACAGAAUAACAAACGUUAAAUAAACUUCAGUUUAUUACAAGGCACAAAGGGAGAGGUCAUAACAUGAACGAAGAUUUAUAACAAAAUAAGAAUGGUUAAACAAAUACACUAAAUUGAUGACAGGAUUCCACACAAUACUUUUUUGAU